CAGGUUAGACGCGCUGUCGAGAUCGCUGGUCUCAUCUCAUCUGAGGAGCAAUAUCACGUGCAGCUUUUGACUGCUGGCGAAGUAAGUCUUCAUUUCUAUUACUCGGACGAGGAUGGAUAUAAAUCUGACAACCAGGGAGUCAUCGUUGUUGAUGCUGGAGGCGGAACUAUCGAUCUCGCCUACUCAAUGAACUUAUCU